CGUUCUAAAUGAAGAACCAGUGAAAGGUCCUGGGCCUCCAAAUACAUUAUCUCAUGGGAUGGGAUGGGUAGGUGGGGGGACAUGAUUGUUAUCCUUUGUCAUUUGGGUUUGUCAGACUACUGGAGAAGGCAGAGAGCUGUACAGCUCUCAAGAGUUGGAAAAUCUUUAUUUUCAAGUUGUUUUUAUUACCCUCCACACCACACAAAUCCAUCUCCAUUGAUAACAUAAGUUUUGAAAAGGACUCUUCAGAAUCCAAAUGGCUUCGGAAGUCACAUAUGCUGAAGUGAAGUUCAAGAAUGGGCCUUCACCUGCUGAACCCAAAGCACCUUCAACACCUCCUAGUAUAGUCCCGAAAUGGACUCGUUGGUUUCCAUGGGUAAUGUCUGGGUUUUUGAUGUUGCUAUCCAUUGCACUUCUUGUUGUCAUCAUUGCUAUGCUCAAGGGAAGCCCAAAGAAGGAAUCCCUCGAAAGCCAGUAUCAUAAUGCAACAGAAUGGCAUUGCCUCUUAAAAAGAACUGAAGAUAAAGAACAAGGCCUGUUAUGUUGUAUGGAGGGCCUACAGCAAUUUGAAUCCAGGUGCUACAAUUUCUCUACAGUCAAGAUGACCUGGAAUGAGAGCAAGAAGAAGUGCCUAGACAUGGGCUUCAACUUGGUGGUGAUAAAUUCGGAAGCUGAGCAGGAUUUUCUUACAAAACAUCUAAGUAAAGCCAACAGUGGAAAAGAAAAUUUUUGUGUUGGCCUCACUGAUCAGGAGGAGAAAGGUCAAUGGCGUUGGGUGGAUCAGACAGAGCACACAGCAAUGUUCUGGAGAGAUGGAGAACCCAAUAAUGAUGAUGAGAACUGUGUUGUCAUGCAUAUAGACCAAAGCACACAAACAAGGAACAACUGGAAUGAUGUGACAUGCAACAUGGGCAAUCAUUACUACAUUUGUGAAACUGAGGCAGUCAUUUUUUAAUUUAAAGGGCCAUGCAGGAUGUGAGAGCAGAAAGACCAUCCAUGGUAUGAGACCUAUCCAUCUCAAGGGCCCUGAAUCCAUCCUUGGCAUUAGCUGCACAUGAAAAGGUUCUGCAUCCUCAUUUCACACAUAUGCUCUGAAAGAAAAGUAAUGUAUAGACUUGUUCAAAAUGGGAGAAAGAAUCCCAAGUUCAGCUUGCUAGGGCAUUCACAGCCUUAGACCAAAUUAAAUAUUUUUCCUCUGUC